AUGACGCUUUGCGACGAAUGCGACAACGAGAGCAAACUGCGUUGCAGUGGUUGCAGCUCAAGCUGGUACUGUUCCAAAGAGUGCCAGAAGAAGGCGUGGCCUCUUCACAAGAUUCUCUGCAAAUCCGUCAAGGACUUCCAAGACCGCCCCGAGGCCGAAGGACCUGGCGAGAAGUACACUCGCGCUAUCUAUUUCCAUCCCGACGAGGGCGCACCACGAUUCGUUUGGCUCAAGACCGUGACCAAAGAUGGAGAGUACGGACACCCUUGCCUCACAGCUUGCCCCGGUGCGCUAGCCGCCAACAACGAGAAGGAAACAGAGUCUGCAGAAGAGAUUGGUAUGACAGAUAUGAAGAUCCGACAUAAUCACGCGCUCGCCCGUCGUCUCCCGUACAACUUGUUUUUGUCCUACCGCGAGAACUUUCUCCACGAUGGAUCGACGCACAACAUGGCCAUCGACAAGAUCAUCGACUCCCAUUCUCCUCACCUACACGCCUGGCGGGGUCCGAUGAUUGCGUAUGGGACUGAUGCCUUCGACGACGUUCCUUUCAGUCAAGACCCGUCUUACAGCCAAGAUCUCGGUCCUUCCGACCUUCGUAUUAUCGCGCACAAGCUCAACACUUACUACUUCAAGUACGCUAUUGGUCCGACAAUUGAGGAUAUUAAAGAAGAGUUGAGUAGCGUGGUCGGCGUACGCAUCAACUGCGAUGGUGAUGUCGAAGUUGAAGGCCGCCCUCGCUAUGAGCCUGUGGAACUUUCGGCCUACCGUUCGUUCUUCCACGCAGCCACCGAUGUCUCAAAGCACAUUGAACAACCCUUUACUGUUCAGCGCAUUCCUGGAAGUGUCGUCAAAUGGAAACAGCGACCAGAGACUCCGUCGGGCAACACGUCUUGGGUCAAUGUUGCUGGUACAUUCCUUAAUAUUGGCUGCAAGCCCGAGCGUGCAAACAUCGCCUUCAACUGGGGCCUCGCGCCACCAGAAUGGCAGAAUGACGUUGGUUCUGUUGUCGUCAUGCGCAAAGACAAGAGACCUCUUCUUCCUAUACAUGUCUUCGCCCUCGCCGACUAUCAUCAGCAUCGUCUUAUGGAUGUCUUCGAGUCGGAGGGGGAGAGUGUGCAUUCAGAUGAGGAGCCUGAGCUGAAGCGCGACAAGGCGUGGAUCAUGGAGCAAAUCACCAAGGAUAAGUUCGAGGAGUACUACAUGACUUGGAAGUCGGGAAUUUCAGAGGAGGUGCCCCGCAUCUCGCCUUACGACUUCUAG